AUGGCCAACGCGGGCCCGGACACGAACGGGUCUCAGUUUUUCUUGACCUUCCGCGACACCCCGCAUUUGGACGGAAAGCAUGUGGUCUUUGGGCGGCUGCUGGAGGGGAUGGAGGUGUUGCAGGUGGUGGAGAUGGUGGCGACGGACGGGAGGGACCGGCCGCGCAUGCCCGUGACGGUAGUGGACUGUGGGCAGAUAGGGGAGACGGCGGAAGAGGACGAGGGGGACGAGGGGGAGAGAGGGGAGGAGGCAGAAGGAGCAGAGAUGGGGGACAAGCCUGAGGAAGGAAGGCAGGGCAAAGGGGCCAAGAAAGUGCAGGGGGAGGAGGACAGCGGCGAGGACGAGGAGAAGGAGGAGGAGCGGAUAAGGGAGGACGAGGAAGCGGAGGAGGAGGAAGAAGGAGAGAAGGAGGCGGACAUGAGCGGGAUGACGGAGACCCAACGUCGUUUGUACAAGCUCAAGUGGAAGCUAAACCAGGGCCGGAAACUGAAUCGUCAGGCCGUGAAAGAGGAAUUCACGCGCAAGAACACGCCCAACUUGGAAGCUCGUCUGCGGGCGGAGGAGCGGCGGGAUUCGAACGAACGGUGGAGGAAAGAAAUCCUGGCCCGGGGGAUGAAACCGGAGGAGGCUUACAUGUUCGAGACAGCGGAAGCGGCGGGAAAGAAACAGGCGGCGGCGGUCCGGAAGGCGAAAGGCCAGGCAGCCUUCGGAUGGGACGUGUUCAACCAAGAUGCCUUGUACAAAGCUUACAAGAAACGCCUGGGGAAACUCCCUUCCGCGGAAGGGGGAGCCAGGGCGGAGGAGGAGAAGGAGGGGCGGGGGGAGGAACCGGACCCUUUGGCUUACGGCCAGGCCCCCAGGGGGGAGGCGGCGGGCCUGGUCCGGAUGACGGAGGAGCUGGAGGAGCGGGAGAGGGCGAGGAAGAACUUCAGCCGACGCCGGGCCGCGUACGAGGGGGAGGACGUGUCCUCCAUCAACGAGCGGAACAAGAUGUUCAACAAGAAGCUGAAGCGCGCCUACGACAAGUACACGGUCGAGACGCGGCAGAAUUUAGAGAGGGGGACGGCCUUGUAG